AUGUUCCUGUCUCGGCAGAAUGAACUGAUAUUCAACCUGGAACCAGAAAAUGAAAGUGCAGUUACUGAGUUCAUCCUAGAGGGUUUCUCAGGACUUGAUCAAGGACUACAGCUAUUUCUCUCUCUGGUCCUUCUGCUCACGUACCUUACAACAGUGAUGGGGAACACAACCAUCAUUUUCCUCGUGUGUGUGGAUCACCGCCUGCAAAUUCCCAUGUGCUUUUUCAUCAGUCAUCUGACCUUCCUGGAAAUCUGGUUUGCAUCCUCCACGAGCAUCAAAUUGUUGGUGAUCGUGGGCUCUGGAAGAAGCACAAUCUUACGAAACAGCUGCUUUGCUCAAUCCUAUUCCUAUUCUGCCCUGGGUUGUACAGAUCUUGUUCUACUUGUUGUCAUGUCCUUUGAUCGCUACGUUGCCAUCUGCCAGCCUUUGCAUUAGGCUGCCAUCAUAAAGCCUCAGCUCUGCAUCCGCCUGGCUGUUGCUGCUUGGUGUUCUGACACCAGCCUGCUUUGGAAAACAGACUCUGUUAUCCUGUGUCACACUGGGUUCCUUAUGCUUAACUCCUUGGGCAUCCUUUUCAAUAUUCUACACUUGCCAGACAACUCUGGAAAAAAAAGUUUUACUACAUGUUCUUCUCAUCUCACCACCUUCGCCAUUGUCUAUGGGAGCUGCAUCGCUCUCUAUGCGCAUCCUUCUGAAGAUGUUUUCGUGGAGAAAAACAGAAUUGUAGCUUUGCUGAACACCGUCCUGUACCCAUUCUUAAAUCCCUUCAUCUACAGUCUUAGAAAAAAGACUGUGCCACUGGCCCUGUCAUUGCCCAUGCAGCAGCACAGUUUUUCCCCUAACCAGGAUGCCUUUCUGGACAGCUGUUCCAAUGAGCUGCUGUCAUAUAUUAAAUACUACCAAUGCAUAU